UAAAUUUACAACUUCCUUCCUAAACAACUACGUCACCUUUCCUCCCACACCUUCUCCUUUGUUAAAAUCUCUCCUCUCCUCCCCUUUACACUUUACUCCUAUCCCAUCCAAUUAACCAAACAUACCCUAAGCUUUCCUUCAGCCACCAGCCGACAAAUGCAAUCUCAUGUUUAACUCACAUGUUUAACUACGCAAAUGCGUAAUCCAUCUCUCACCGCUCUUGGGAAGCUGUUGCGUACUUUUUUUUCAUGAAGAUUGUUGAUGUUAAAAUGUCAUCUUCAUCAGCUAAGAGUAUGAAUGGCGGUACGGAUGGUGGUGGUGUAGUAGUGGCAGAUGAGGUAGGUGGGGCGUUGGAAAGUAAAUGUAAUAAUAACAAUAAUAACAAAGACAAAGAUGAGAGAAGGGAGUGUAGUGUUUCGGUAGAUCUGGAAAGUGGGACACUCCAAACUAAACAGCAGCAGCGGGAUUGUAGGAUUUGCUAUCUGAGCUUGGAAACUACCAAUCAAGAAUGUGGAGGUCCAAUUGAACUGGGUUGUUCUUGUAAGGAUGAUUUGGGUGCUGCACACAAACAAUGUGCAGAGGAUUGGUUCAAGAUUAAGGGUAACAAAAGAUGUGAAAUAUGUGGAUCAAUAGCACAAAAUGUAGGUGACGUAAAUGAGGCCGAGUGUAGGGUUGAAGUAAAUGAUGGUAAUGCUAUGGCUACAUCAGAAGCAGCAGCAGCAGCAGCAGCGUCACAGUCUCAGAAUUUCUGGCGAGGCCACAAGUUUCUGAAUUUUUUGUUGGCUUGCAUGGUGUUUGCAUUUGUAAUCUCCUGGCUUUUCCACUUCAAUGUACCCUCGUGACCGAGAGAGCUUAUGGAAACGUAAAGAGAAGAAAAACACGGCACGGAAAUCUUGACUAGGGUUGGUGUGUUUUAUUGUUUUCUAAUUUAAAUCAAUUUAUUGUGUAUAUUACUUCUUAGGCCUCUUUUGUAUUUGUUGUUAUCCACAAAUUGUUGCAGAGGGGAAAGUGUGAUUCUUGCUGAUCACACACCUUAUUUUAUAUUCAUCCUAGCAGUCUCCUGUGUGCAAUUGUGCUUUCUUAUCCUAACUUUAUAUAAAUAAGGGGCAAAAAGAAGGUCAAAUAGCAGUUUUUGUUUCAUUCAGAAACCUGAGGAGCGCAGAUGUUCCAUUGCAACAGUAAUUAUAAGUGUUGGGGAUGCAGAUGUUUGUCCAUAUGAUUGAAUGUGUAAAUGUCAA